CGAGGUCAGACGAUAUCUAAACUAAGAAGAAAAUAGAUUAUUGGUUGUUAUUUGCAAUUCGGUCACGGCGAUUUAGCAUCUUUUCUUUACCCCAAAGUUUCCUUAGUUUCAAUGUUUAUCGUUUGAAAAAACAAAAAUCUUUCACGAGUUAUAAUUUACGUCAUCUUUAAUCUCUCAAAGUCUCUCCCCCACCUCGACGACUGAUCACGUUUAUUUGUAUAAGAACCCUAUUAGCCGGACAGUGUCUCGCAGGGCACCAAGUUUGGUGAAUCACAUUGCAUACCGGCUUCUUGUGAAUUAUUUGAAGAGAACUUGAGAACCAUGGCAACAGCGAAGUUCAAAGAGGCAUCGCCGUACACGAAACCGCAACCCACGCCACCUCCACAGGACUAUCUCUAUCAAAAGUACGUGGAGGAUAUUGCAUUGAAAAAUGAAGCACGCCAUAAGACAAUAAAGCUAGCCUUGUUCGGUGUGGGCAGAGCUGGAACCAUUCAUCUUUCCAACGUCGUUGCAAAUCCACGUGUAAAGUUGCUUUACGUAGUAGACGACGUCGAGUCCAAAUGGGAGGCUAUUAGACAGCAUUGGCACCUGGACGACGUCACCUUCUUGAACAGUAAACAGUCGGACAAAGUAUACAAUGAUCCUAAUGUAGAUGCAGUUAUUGUCGCCUCGCCUACGUACACUCAUGAGACGAUUGUAAGGAAAGCUUUAGAAGCGAAGAAAGCCGUCUUCUGUGAGAAACCAGUGGCCGAGGAUCGCGUUAAUACAAUGAAAUGUUACGAGACUGCCAAGAAGGUCGGUAAACCGUUGUUCUGCGCCUUCAACAGACGUUUCGAUCCCAGCUACUCCUCCGUCAAGGAGAGGGUCAGGAAAGGAGAAGUUGGACAUGUGCACACCAUUAAAACUGUCUCCCGGGACUCUCCUCUUCCCACCUUGGAUUACUUGAAAUUGUCUGGUGGUAUAUUUCAUGACUGCAUGGUCCAUGAUCUGGAUAUGAUCACCUGGGUUCUUGGAGAAUAUCCGGUCAAGGUUGCCGUCCAGGCCAGUGCAAAUAUUCCUGAAAUCAAACAGAUAGGUGACUUCGACACAGUGACGGUUUCUUUAUAUUUCCCCUCUGGUACCUUAGGGAUGAUCGACUUAUCCAGAAACAGUAAUUAUGGUUACGAUCAGCGUCUUGAAGUGUUCGGUCCCAAGGGUAUGAUCAAAGCGGACAACGAACAACCGAUGCACUGCGUCAACACCCAAUACGGUCUUCAAGGAUCCAAUAGCCCUCCAAUUUGGUACUCGUUCCCCAGUCGAUUCAUGAACGGUUAUCGCAGGGAACUGGAACACUUCGUCGACAUUGUACUCGGCAUGGACGAAUCGUCUGUCUUAGCUAAAGAGACUCUAGCUGUUUCCAAACUUGCCUCCGCCUGCGAGGAAUCUGCUCGUAGCGGAAAAAUGGUUGAAAUUAAGUGGGCUGUAAACGAAUUGCCCGAAGUUCUAUGAAGAAAUAGCGAAUUUAUAAUAUUGAAAAUUCAAUCAUUCUAUUUUUCUUUUUUUUAGCAAAAAUUAAUUUUUGCUUAGGAAAAAGAAUAGAAAUCUGCAGUCUGCAGUUUGAAAUUCCAAUUGCGAGAAGGAAGAACUUUUGAGAAACUUAGGUGACAUGUUGUUACACUUUUUUUUAUCGAUAUUAUAAAGGAAAUACAGAAAAAUACCAUAUACCUUAAAUAAAUAGUAAUGAUACAAAA